AUGGCUUUACCAUGUAUGGAUAAUGGAAAAUGUACAAAAAAGUUUCCUCAAAAUUUUCUUAAAGAAACCCUAACUUCAGAUGAUGGCUACCCGACCUAUCGUAGAAGAGCAUCUGCAGAUGGAGGUCAUAGUUCUGUACUUACAAUUCGUGGCAAAGAACAAAAUCUUCCAAAGUUGGUUCCAGACCAACAACAAGCUUUUGAUCGUGUAAUUGAUAGUGUCUUAAAUAUUAGUGGAAAAGUUUUUUUCCUGGAUGCUCCUGGAGGCACUGGAAAAACAUUACUAAUAAAUCUUAUGUUGGCUCAAGCUAGAUCAGCUGGAAAACUGGGCCUUGCUGUCGCAUCUUCUGGCAUUGCUGCCAAUCUUUUGAGUGGAGAGACAGCUCACUCCGCUUUUAAACUUCCAUUAUGUGUUUUCUCCGGAGAAGAUUACACGUGCCCGAUACGCAAAAAUGGCCCACUUGCAAGAAUUCUUCAAGAUACAACAUUUAUUGUAUGGGAUGAGUGCACAAUGAGUCACAGAGCUCUUAUUGAAUUUGUAGCUGAUUCUCAAGAGUACCUCUAUAUUGAUUCAGUCAUCGCAUCUAAAGAUGUUGUUGAUUAUCUUCAGGAGUUUUUAAACUCCCUAACUUCAUCAGGAUUUCCACCCCAUAAAUUGAGUUUGAAAUUUGGAGCUCUGAUUAUGCUACGACGUAAUCUUCAACCCCCGAACCUGUGCAAUGGAUCCAGACUGCACAUUCAAACUCCGCGAAAUAAUGUUAUAGAAGCUACUAUUUUGAUAGGUCCAUUCAAGCGUUUACAGUCUCCUGUCAAAGUUUAUUUGCGAUGA